AUGGACAGAAGACAAAGUAUAAAAUAGAAUAAGUUAGAAUUUGGUAAUUUAGGGGAUUAAAUUUUGAAAACUUCAUCUUCUUUUGAAAGAUUGAGAAGACAAAGCUCUAUUAAUACUAUGAUAUCAUUUGGGAAUAACUAAGGUGCAAUAGUAGCAUCAAGAUCACAAGAAAGAUCUGAAAUGAAAAAGAACUUGUUUUUGCAGAAAGUGAAAAUGAUAGAAUAGAAUCAGUAAAGAGUGCCAUUAGUUCAUCAAAAUAGAAAUGCCGCUUUAAAAAAAUAAUUCAGUAUAGAAGAAAAGGCAACACUACAAAAUGAAGAAUUUAAAUCUAAUACUAAGCAUUUUUAAAAUCUAUUUGAUGAGCUAUUAUAUUCAAAUGAGUAGAAGUUAAAGAAACUUUAAGAAUUAUAGCAAAAGUAGAGUAUUGUUAGAGAAGAAAAAAUGUAUGAAGGCUAACCAAAUUCUAUAUUUACUUCUUCAUACAAAGAGGCAGCUAGCUAAUAAUUCGUCGAUGUUAGAGCUAUUUAUGAUUUAUCAAUGCAAUCAAAUGAUAAUGAUAUAAAUUUUUAAGCUAUUUUUGAGAGAGGUUAGAAUAAGAAAAGAGAGUUAGACUUUGCAAAUCAUAGAAUAAAUAAUGAACUUAUCAAUGAUGAAAUUGAAAAAAACUAAAAAUACAUUCAAAGCUACAAAAAUAAUUCUGAUAAAGAAGGAGCUUAUAUCAAAGAAGAACUUAAAAACUACAAUUAAACUUAAGACUAAAUAUAAAAAAUUCAAAAGAAGCUAGAAUCACAAGAUGAAUCAAUUAAACAUUUAGAGGGGAUCCACGAAAACAAGUUGAUGCAAAUAAAUGGAGAACAAACACUAAAUAAAUAUAUAAAUACAAUUUGUUUGCUUUAUAAAACAUUUGUAGACAAAGAGGAAGGAAUGACAGAUUUAGAUUUCUAAAAAGCUAUUGAUUAUGCUGAUUAAUUGGAAAUUGAGAGUCAAUAAUUAGGUAUAGAUAGGCAAACUUAGAAUGAAGAAACUAAUAAAUUUUAAGAUAUUAACAAUUAACUCGUCAAUGAAAUGACUGAAUAAAUCAUAAUUCAGUACUAGAAAUAUUAAGAUUUAAAUGAAAUUUUCAGAGCAAGGAUAGGAGAUUUACUCAUUUAAAAAAAUAAUUUAAUUUAUUAAUCACCUUCUUAUCAUGUCACACAUAAAAAUUAGUAAGACACAAAAAAAGAAAUCACAAAUUUUUAACAAAAAAUCGAAUUCAAUUAUUUUGAGAUUGUUUAGCAGGAUUAAGAAAAAUAAAAACAGUUUUAAAACAGCAGACACGAAUUAGCUGACCUUGAGUAUCUAAUAAGCAAAUGUUAUCUUUUUGUUGGCUAAAUACUUUUUAGGUUCUGCAGGAAUCUAAUAUCAGUAAGGUAGCUAAUAUAUUCAAUUGAACACAAAGUAUAAGAAUAGAAACUUUUAAUUCAGUAAAAACAUGAAGAUGAAUUUUAAGAUGAAAAUUAAAUGUCAAAUUCGUCAGUUAAUAGUUAAAAUGAUGAAGAUGAAGACGAAGAAGAAGAAGAUGAUGAUGAAGGGAAAUUAAGCGAAAUUAUCAAUUCAAAUUAAAGAUUUUUUUCAAUACUUGAUGUUAUCAUGAACUAUAUUUCACAAACCAAUUAAGCUUUCGAAUCUCCUGUCAAUUAUGCUAAAAGUUCAAUUUAUAAAGAAGCUAAAAAAUAAGAAAAUCAGAUUUAAAUUAAUAAAAACUUAAAGUUGCAGAAUCUAUUCAAUGAGGUUUUUAGCUACUAGUCAGAUUGUUUUGAAGAGUUUUUUGAAUUAAUUAGAAAAGAUUUAAUCAUAUAUUAUUUCUGCAAAAUAAGAAAUUUUAGUGAUUUUUUUAAAGAAAUUAAAUUUAAAGUUUAAGAAAAAAAUUAAGAAGAGAAAAUGAAAUAGUUAUAUUAAAUCUUACAAUAAAAAGAUCAAAAUACUUAAGGAAGCAUAUUAAUAAAUAAUUAUGACAAUAAUUAUUACGACGAAGCAAAUAUUAAAUGCAGUGAAAAAGAAAUAAUGCUAAAACUAUUUAUAGAAAAUUUACAGCUACUAAAGUAAUAAGGAUAAGAUAAUUUUUUAAAAAUUAUAAAUAAUAAAUUUUCAUACAUAACUUAUUUAAUAAAAACCUGUUAUUAAUAAAACACAAUUCAAAAGUCUAAUUAAAUACCUAAGCUUUAAACACCUAAGAAUGAAUAAAGCUAAGGAUAAUUAUAAAAGUAAAAAUCAUCAGAAUAGAAGUUUCCUGUUUAGAAAAAAUAUGACUGGAAAUCUGAAAUCGUUUAAAAGAAAAUCUCAGAGAUAUAAAUGUAAAAAGGGUAUGAAGAGUUUUAAAUUAAUAUUAUAAGCAAGAGAGCUAGUUUAUUACCUAAUAGAAAUGGAUAGCCACAAAAGUAAGGUUCUAUUAAUACAGAAACUUCACCAAUUUUAUCGAUUUAAAGUUAAAAAUUUGAUUAAAAUGAUAUUGUUGAUACAGAGGAGGAUUAAUUCCUUUUAGAUUAAAAUAAAGAUUAAAAAAAAUUAGUUGAAUAAGAGAUUAAUGAAAUGUAUGAAUCUAAAUCCUCAACAGAUUAAACAAAUUCACAACCAUUCUAAAAUUAUUUAGAAAAAAAGUUUAGAUUAGCUAAAAUUUAAAGUGAAGAAAAAGAUCUUUGGCAGAAAAGAAAAAGAUUUGAGAAAGAUUGUAAUUAGAUUUUAAAAAUGGAUAAUCAACCCUUUUUAAGUUACUUUGAUAUAAAAUAUGGCUUUCAAAGUCAUAGAUAACUUUUAUAAAAACCCGAUAAUCUAAUUUCUUAGAACAAUAAACCAUUUCGUACAUCAAUUCAUACAGAUUAUGUAGAAGAAUCAAAGAAGCAAUAAGACUUCGAAAAAUCUUCAAACAAAUCAAAAUAAUCCCUAUUUUAGAAAUCAAAAGAAAGGUAAAAUUCUUAAAGAAGUUCCUUUACUGUCAAUACAGACCAUACACAGUAUAGCUCUUUACAAAAUACACCUAAGCGGUCUUUUAAUUCUAAAUUUAAUCAUUUUAGUACAAAAAAUUCUUUUCUCCUAAAGGAAGAAUUUAAAAGAGAUAUAAAUUUUAGCGUAAAAAAUUACAUAGACCAGAAAAGCUAGUAAAGAGAUUUAUCACAGUAAUCUAAAGAAAAAUAUUUUGACCAUAAAAGAAAUAAUACAUAAAUUUAAUAAUUUCAUAAUAAUAAUAAUCAAAAAACUAGCUAAAAUAGUUAUUUUAUAAAUAGAGCUAAAUCGAAUUCUGUAUUUGAGAUUAAUACUGAUUUCAAGAAACAAAGUAAAAUAAUUACUAAAAGUAAAAAUAAUUCAAAAACAAAACAGAGCCUUUAGUUAACAUAAAACGAUUUAGUAUCAAGCAAAUUAUUAACAGACUAUUAUCAGAAGCCACAAUCAAUAUUUCAAUCAAUCAAACAAGAAAAUUUUUUAGAUUAAAAUUCUCCAAGUUGUUUACUUUCACCAUACAAAUCAUUCAAUAAAUAAUAUAUUUGA